AUGCUCAGCAUUUGUGAUGACGAGGAAAUUAGGAAGGAGCCAUCUUUCCACCUUGCAAAUAAGGUAUCUGAUGGAGAUCAAGAAUCUAGACCUCCUCUGAUAGAGAAAUAUCCAUUGGGUAGCAUCUCGAACUCGCCACUAUUUCACAAAAGCGGCAACUUCCUAUCACCCAAAGUUCUACCACCUGUGAAAUUUCAUUCUGGCUUAGUGGGAAUUCAUCCUAGUACUUAUGCGGAAGAUUCCGAGGAUGAUAAUGAGAGCAUGGCCUCCAGUUUUGGAGGUCACUGUGCUUAUUAUCCUGACACAUUCGAAGAGGAUGGUAUGGAGUCAAGUGACUCCAAUCAAUUUUGGAAAGCAAAAAAUAUGAGCCAUGAAGAAGAGAUUAAACGAAAAUUUGAAUCAACAUGUGAUGAGUCAAUAAGAGAGCUAGGUAGAACAUUAAGGCGAACUCUCAUCCGAGUACCAUCAAAACAUAACUUAAAGGUUGAGCUGCCUUUAAAUGGUGGUUUCAUAGAUAUGAACUCAACUUCCAGUGCCUAUAUCUCUAAUCAUGAGCAUUUCGGCUUCACGGAUUCAACCUGUUACCUUCAUGAUGAUUACAUGCCCAAAAGGUUUGAAGAUCUAGGAACACCGAGUGCUCCUCCAAUAAUGGAUUGUGGAAGAGAAGAAAGCAUCCCUGCAAAAGCAAGCUCUGAAAGCAUUGAAAUCUCCUCAGAUUUGGAAUGCCAGAUGCAAGAUGCAACAUACCCGCCAAUACGUGUUGAAAAUUCGUGGCAAUCUUUUGUUGCAUAUGAUGCAUGCUUCCGUUUGUGCUUGAAUGCGUGGGCAAGGAACUGCAUGGAAGCCCCAGAAUUUCUUAGAGAUGAAUGCAUAAUGCUACGUGAUGCCUUUGGGAUUCAAAAGUAUCUAUUGCAACCACGAGGCCAUCUCCAGGGGGAAGGAAAACCUACAAGCAGUGCCGAUGCCGAUGGAACAUGUACAAGAAAAGAUAGAAAAAAUAUUUGGAAAAUCGAGGUGGAAGUGAAAAAGAUCUGCAGUGUACCACGAAGACCAAAGCUUCGAUGUACCUAUUCUAGUCCAAAAUUAGUUAUGCAAGCUAGUACUGAAUAUGUCCAACAUGCAACUGCACUCUUAAAAAAUAAAAUCAAUACAAUAAAAGCAGUUUCAUUUCCAGAUACUUGUGAAGAUUCUCCCUCAUGUUUACUUCAAUUAUAUAGCUCUUGUGAAGAAGAACUUCUGAGUUCCGUUUUCCCAGUCCGGUUGACACCCGGGACUGGCGAGUCUCAUAUCUUUUAUCCGGAGAGCCAAGGAGAAGUUAUUUUGAUUCAGGUGCAGGAUAUCAACAGCGUGAAUCUAGGUCAGACAAAGAUUCCAAUUUCUUUGUUGGUAUCUGAAGCACAACAAGGAGAAAAAGUAAAGUGGUGGCCAAUGUAUUUGGAGGAUCGAGGAUAUGUGGGAAAAAUUCAAUUAUCUACAAGUGUUUCUAACUCUUCUGACAAGAUGAAUUCCUCUAAGGUUCUGCAGACUGGUCCACCUGUAGAAACUCUUAUCUAUGAUCUCGUAAUGGAGGCAUCUAUGCGUGCUUGCGAUUUCCAUGCAAAAAAUUUGCGGAUUCAUGGACCAUGGAAGUGGCUUCUAAAUGAGUUUUCUGGUUACUAUGGUGUGACUUCUGCAUAUACGAAACUUAGGUACUUAUCAUAUGUCAUAAAUAUCUCAGUGCCCACCAAAGAAUGUUUGGAACUAAUAUGUGAAUUACUUGAACCUAUUCUUAAGGCUCGAAAUGAAAGAAAUCUUACCAGACAAGAGAGAAGUAUAUUGUUUGAUUGUGAAGAUCAAAUAAAAUAUCUUUUGGCUACUACUUUUCAAAAUUACAAGUCCUUGGAUGAGAACUCUUCAACAGGACUUGCAAACUUCUUUGGUCCAACUCCAGAAACUGCUUCACCUGCAUUAACUCCUGCAAUAAAACUCUUCAGCCUUCUGCAUGAUAUACUCUCUCAAGAAGGUCAAAACACAUUGCGGAAUUAUUUCAAGACUGCUGCAGCAAAAAGGUGUAGAAGAUAUUUGGUAGACACAGAAGAAUUCAUGUCAGUGAACUGUGAUGUCACAGAACCAAUAACGAUCUCAACUGCUUAUUCUAAAAUGAGGACAUUAUGUUUGAAUAUAAGCGGCGAGAUUCAAGCUGAUAUGAAAAUUCAGAACCAGAACAUACUUCCUAGCUGCAUCGAUCUCCCAAAUACCGCGGCUUCUAUUUAUAGUGUUCAGCUCUGUCAGAGGCUUAAGAAUUUCCUAUCAGCUUUUCCACCUUCCAAACCAGCACCACAUGUAAUUGAACUGCUAGUUGUUACUGCUGACUUUGAAAGAGAUCUCAAUUCAUGGAGCAUCAGCCCGGUUCAUGGAGGAGUAAUCUCAAGAGAUCUAUUCCAUUAUUACAUAGAGAUCUGGAUCAAGGAUGCCCAGUACCAGUUAGUUGAAAAUUGCAAAGCGGAGAAGGUUAUCUGCUCUGGAAUCUCAACUCAUUAUGCCACAUCACCCUUUGUGGAAGAUUUGUAUGACCGCAUCAGGGAUAGCUUAAAUGAGUACAAGGUAGUGGUCAAUAGAUGGCCGCAGUAUUUGCUAAGCAUAGAGAGUGCUGUCACCCAUAUUGAACAAGCGAUAAUAAAAGCCCUGGAGAAGCAAUACAGUGAUGUUCUGUUGCCUUUAAAAGAUGGAGUUCCAAAGAAGAUUGAGAAGCAUGUGCAGAAGCUUACAAGAAGGCAAUCUACAGCAGUCUAUACAGUUCCAAAUGAGUUGGGAAUCUUCUUAAACACCAUGAAAAGAAUACUUGAUGUACACCACUGCAGGGUAGAAGAAAUCCUAAAAUCUGCCGCUUCAUUUUGGACACUCGUCAGUGAAAAUGAGAACUUCGGGGAGAGGACUAAUGGAAUCACUAUCAUGUUGAGGACAAAUUACAAGAAUUAUAAGCAAGCUAUCAUAAAGAUGCUUGUUAAUAAUACUGAUGAAAACAGAAGUACAAGGCUAAAGAAAAUUCUUGAGGAAACUAAAGAGACAAAGGGAGAAGCUGAGAUUCGAGAACGGAUGCAAUCCCUCUGCAUCCAGCUGACUGAUUCUAUUCGCAAUCUGCAUGGUGCUUUCACUAGCAAAAUUUUUGUAGAAAUUUGCAGGGACUUCUGGGAUAAAAUGGGACAGAUUGUGUUGAGCUUUCUUGAGAGUCGGAAGGAGAAUAGGUUGUGGUAUCGAGGAUCUGGUUCUGGCUAUGUUCUUGGGAUAUUGGAUGAUGUUUUUGCCUCAGAAAUGCAGACACUGCAAGGAAACUCUAUACAUGACAAAGACUUGGAACCUCCAAGAUCAGUAAUCGAGGCACGUUCCAUUCUUAGCUGAAAUACUCCACAAUUUUUUGUGUUUCUUAAUGUUUUUAAUAUUUAUAUUCAUUAUUUAAUCUAUAUAAUCUCCAAUGGCAUAGCAUAAACCUGGUUGUGGACUUCCAAAAAGAGUUUUCUAGUGCUGGAAACCUACACAAACAAGAAGCUACCUUGAUGUAGUUAGUAGUGAAGCAAUUUAUUUUAGAAAAGCAUUUGUAAGACUGCAAUGUAUUUUAGUUAUGUCAUUGUUAAUUUUGUAGAAGUGUUAGC